GUCGACCGUCCCAUGUCUUUACUUUUAAAUUAAUAAUUAAAUCGAAAGUCAAGCAAAAUGUAUUUCUUGCAAGCAAAAUCAUGAAUGACAUCAUCUUAAAACUGGGGGAACCCUCUUUGAAGCUGCCUAUUUAAUUUUGCUUGACCGAGCUAGGCACUGCCAACCCCACACGUUUAUUUAUUUUUUUGAUAAGAAAAGUCUACCCUUAUUGGUAUUGCCCCCAGUUCCCACGCCCCCCAAACCCAAACAGGCCUUUUCUUCUACUAUAUGUAAUCAAAAGAACAUUAUCAUUUACAAAUUUUAAAAAAAAAGGAAAAAAAAAACUUAUUCGUCAUUAAUCUCCUCUCCUGUCCCAACCCUCCCAAAUCAUCAUCAUCUAUAUUUGUUCAUGAUAUUUCAUUCUUCUUUCUAGGUUUUAGGCUUGCAGAUAGAUUAACAAUUAGAACCUAUAUCCCGUUAUGGACAAAGAACAAGAAGAAGUUCAAUAUCUAGGAUUCUUUGGCAUAUUCAAAGAAUCAUUCAAUAUUGUCCCAGCUUGGAGAUCAAUUUUCAGCCAAAUUUCAUUGGUUUUGAUCUUCCCUCUAUCCUUCAUCUACCUAGCCCACAUCCAAAUCUCUCAAUACCUUUUCUCAAACAUUGUUGCUGAUGAAUACAUCCUGGAUAGAGUCCCCGAAGGGACUCCCACCUAUAAUUCCAUUUCCGAUGUCCUCUCCUCGGAAUGGACCACAUUCUUGUUGUUCAAAAUCGGUUACUUUGUGUUCUUCAUCGUCUUAACCCUUCUUUCCACGUCGGCCGUGGUCUACACGAUUGCAUGCAUUUACACGGCCAAAGAUAUAACGUUCAGAAAAGUCAUGAGCGUGGUUCCAAAAGUUUGGAAACGGCUCAUGUCCACGUUUUUAUGGAAUUUCAUCAUCGUUUUCGCCUACAACCUCGUGGCCAUAUUGGUUCUCGCGAUUUUCGUCCUCAUAAUUCCACAAGGGGUGUUUUUGGUCCUCGUUGUUAUGAUUAUUCUGAUGGUGUAUUUAGCUGGAUUUGUGUACAUAAGCGUCAUUUGGCAUCUCGCAAGUGUGGUUUCGGUUUUGGAAGAGAGGUAUGGCCUAAAUGCGAUGAUCAAGAGCCAUGAUUUGAUCAAGGGCAAAAUGGGAAUUUCGACCGCGAUGUUCGUGAUUUUCGGCUUGUGUUUCUUUGGGAUUCAAAUCGGGUUUCAAUGGUUUGUUGUUCUUGGAAAUGGAGGUGGGCUUUUCUGGAGAUUUGGGUAUGGAGUUCUGUGCCUUACACUGCUUUCCAUGUUGAUCCUGUUUGGUCUGAUUAUUGAGACAAUUAUCUACUUCAUCUGCAAAUCUUACCACCAUGAGAACAUUGACAAGUCUUCGUUGUCGGAUCAUCUUGAAGUUUACCUUGGAGAAUAUGUACCUUUGAAGUCAAAGGAUGUACAAUUAGAGCAUUUUGAGGUGUGAUUAUUGUACGGAAGCUAUAUAGGUAUAUACAAAUUUGUUCGUUAAUUAAGUCGUAUGAUUAGGGGUUUAGGAUGUUAUAUCAUCAUCAAUGUAGUUUUGUACUAAAUCAAAUUACAUGGGAAUGUGACAAGGGGUACAUGAUACAUGAAUCCCUCUUUAUUUGGUUAAUUACCAGGAGAAAGGUAAUUACAUUGUAUCAUGAUGCUAAAAGAACAUGCAUUUUUUUUCUUUUUAUCAUGAGAUAUAUAAUUUUACGAAGCUGUUAUUGAAAUAAUGAAAAAACCUGGACUUCUAGCUUUUAACUUUACAACAACUAAUAUCUACAAAUAUUAUUUUGGCAUUGAUCUAUUUUUUAUUUUCUUUUUCUGAAAUAAAUUCGAACUUGUUCUCCUAAUUACUAUAAACUACUAAUAUUGUAUUAAGUUUUAU